AUGGAGAAUCAGAUUCUGGAGAUUAACUUGAUCUCCGCCCAGGGUUUGAAGGCGCCGCCCUCGAACUUACGCAAGAUGCAAACUUACGCCCUCACCUGGGUCAACUCCGCCGCCAAGCUCCGAACCCGAGUCGACUCACUCGGCGGCGAAAACCCUACCUGGAACGACAAGUUCCUCUUCCGCGUCUCCGACGAAUUCGUCUCCUGCGACACCUCCGCCGUCUCCGUCGAGAUCUUCGCCGUCGGAUACAUCAAGGAUAUCCUCAUCGGCACCGUGCGAUUCCUCCUCAGCACGUUCCUCACGCCGCGCGCCCCCGCGGCGGCCGAGUCCGAGAGCCCUACGAGAACCCCAGCCUUCACCGCCGUGCAGAUCCGCCGCCCCUCCGGCAGAUUCCUCGGCGUCCUCAACAUCGCCGCCGCGGUCUACUACUCCUCCGAUUAUCCGAUUCUGGACAAGGUCCCGGCCGUCAGCUUUCGCGAAUUGAUGGAGAAGAAGGCGCGCAGGCUCAGCCGCAGCGACUCGAUGCGGAGCCAGCAGUCCUCCGGCGGUGAGUCGUGCGAGUUCUCCGACGCCGACUCCACGACGUCGUCGUCGUCCUCGUCGGCGUCGACGGCGCUGAAGGAGUGGAACUGCAUCCGAGAAAUGGCGGGAAAGAUGAAAGGGGCGAAAUCCAGCGGCGGUGGAUUGCUGUGCGGGCUGAUGGUGGCGAGGAAGAUCCCAUCCUGUCCGUCCAAUCUUAAUCUUGACACGUGGGAGGAUAAUCCUAAAGGGGGUCGGUGA